AUGAAUACCGAAUUAUUAAGGCAACGAAUUAAUUUUGGUUGUCAUUUAACUUCUUUUGGAUACAUUUUCGGUUGGAUUGGUGCGAUAGGAAGGACGGUUUUGGUUGUAUUUUUUAUUACAACUAUUUCAAAUCUUACGGAAGAUGACCCAAGUAUCUAUUCGAUGAUUUUGGCGAGCAUUCUCACUUUGGUGUUAUUAUCAUUGAUUGCAAAUCUCGUAUUUAUACUCGGAAUAUGCAAGAAGAAGAAAAAUUUCAUGCUUCCCUAUAUGGCAGUGGUUUCUCUAGAGGUAUCUGUUGGGUUUGUAGCAGUAGCAGGACUGUUUGCCCUAUUUCUUAGAGCAAGCUUAACGGUACUCGCUAUAUACCUAUUAUGUAUAUCUCUAUUGUUUUUAUCGGCGCAUUGUUUUUCAUUUUUUAUCACAAUCUUGUUGUUUAAGAAAUACGCAAAGGAAGGUAAAAACGAUUUAAUGAUUCAAAUGACCAACUUUGUUAUUAUUGAGUGA